AUCGAUGUGUUGUUGGCCUCGUCCCACAAUAUAUACCUGACCGACUCGGUAGCGCCUCCUUCAGUCGCAGCCAGUCGUUAGCUUCGACCAUGGCGACGUCCUUCUUCCUGUGGCCCUCUUCGCAGAACAAGCCGGAAGAGGCCGGCGGAGGCGGCGCAGCCAGUGGUUACCCCGCUGGAGCUACGGUGGCGAAGGCAAAGAUUCGGAAAGGAGGGGGAGGGGCUAAGACGGCCGGGCCAAAGCGGCCUCCGCAGCGCGGCCUUGGUGUCGCGCAGCUCGAGCAGAUCCGCCUCCAGGAACUCGGCACUCCCCCCCACGAUCUUCAGCCUUUCAGUUUCCAACAGCUCAGCCCCGUCGCUGCCGGCCCUUCGGCCAUCUAUGGCGCACCCGUCUCAUACACCGUAGGCCUUCCAAUGCACGGGUACCUCCAUCGACUCCGCCCGAUGUCGGUGACCUCCUUCGGUGGAGCUUCGGCUGGCUCCGCCGCCCGACCUGUGCUUGCAGAUCCGUUCGCGCUGGAUGGCCACCGGAGGACUGCGGCGGAAGACAGGUUCCGCGUCGGAGGUCCAUUCCCAGAGCCCCCUUCAAACCAAAUUACCCAAUGCCUCUCCGAUCAGUGCGAGUUCUGCGCCAGAGUGAGUUACCCAACUCCAUCUCUCUCUCUCCCCCUUCAAAUAAACUUCUCCUCGCACGCUUCUUUUUUAUUAAACUUGCUUCAGAAGAAACGUCUCUUCGGCAAUAACCAAUCGCCCAAUCUGUCCAACGGAGGCGCCGAUUACUUCGAGAUGAACCUCGCUGCUGCAAUGUCUGUAAAUCUGGAGUAUGGCUGCCACCAGACAAAGCUGAAGCCAUCAGAGAAGAAGGAGAGGGAAGCAAUCAAGGAGUUCGAUUUCUUCCCAUCGUCGAGCAGCCUGAGAGCAUCCAUCGAUGGCGCCUCAUCUAUGUUUGCUGAUCGAACGGCGCCUGGUGAUGCUUCCUCCUCUCUUUUCUUCGCCACUGCUACCCCUCUCGAUCUCUCGCUUAAGCUAUCAUUGUAAUUAAUUAUCCCCUCCAUUACUAGUAUAUGUUGAUCGGCGAGCUAUGUUUUAAUUGCGUAUCUCUAUCUACUUCUCCAUGAGCUUAAUCUUCUAUCUCGAACUUUUAUUUCGAUCAGUUGUUUGCUCAAUUUGCAAUAAUGAUUAGGAAUUGGACAAAUAUCC